AUGGAAGAAGAAGAUCCAUCCCCUACAUAUACAGCAUCCAAGAGGAAACCAGUUUUUCGGAGAGACCGACACCUACAAUCCGCCCUACACAAAGGGGAAAUCACGUAUAUGUUUGAGAAUUGGAAGAAUCCCCAGGGUCUUAAGAAAGAACAUUUAUUACUAAAGAAGGACACCAAAGGUGUGUGCUAUCUACCAUCUGACCAAUUUAUUCAUUGGGCACUGCUACAUGUGAGCAAGAAGCAAGAAGAUAUGAGGCUUGCUCGAGGGUUAUCGAAGCAUAUAAAGGUAGCGAAUGAUGCCACAAACCUAGGAUGUCAGGAUUUUUGUGGAGUCUCUGUUCCAGCAUUGCCUUCGAGUGGCCCCGAGCUUCUGCGUCAAGUUUACGUCAUGAAGAUAACCCUAGGAUGA